AUGCAAUAUUCUGAUCUGACUCUGAGUCUGUUGCAAUUAUACUUAAAUAGACGAUAUACAUUUAAACAAUGGGAAUUGGAAUUCGUUGAAGAUUGUAAGGUUAUCGAUGUUGUUGUAGUUAAUUUAAAACAAAGUUCUCAGUAUCACCUGUCGUUGUUACAAAGCUGGCAAAGAAUGUUCGUUGUUUCAAACUUUUAUAACGACAUUAAAGGAAACAAACUUAACUUGCAGAACAUAAAAGCUGAUUUCAAAGAAUUUUCAUUUGCCUUACCUACUUAG